GUUUUCUUUCUUUCUUUUUCUCGGUUUCUACUCUCCAAAACAUCAUGCCUCAGGGAAAGCUUCAAGUUGUCCUUGUUAGUGCCAAAGGUCUCGAGAACACAGAUUUUCUCUGUAACAUGGAUCCUUACGUGCUUCUUACUUACCGAACCCAGGAGCAGAAAAGCAGUGUUGCAUCAGGAAAAGGAUCAGAACCAGAAUGGAACGAGGAUUUCAUAUUCAACAUCUCCGAAGGUGCUUCGGAACUCGCACUGAAAAUAAUGGACAGUGAUGCUGGUUCUCAGGAUGAUUUCGUGGGAGAAGUAGCUAUACCACUGGAGCCUGUAUUUAUCGAAAGUAACAUUCCCCUGACUGCAUAUACUGUUGUCAAGGAUGGAGAAUAUCGUGGGGAGAUUAAACUUGGUCUCACUUUCACCCCCGAGGAACGUGAAAGCAGGGAUUUUGAAGUUGAAGAAUCUUUUGGAGGGUGGAAGCAGUCUUCAUACACUGAUUAGGCAGGCCACUUAUAGUUUUCAGCCUUAAUUCCCGUUUCAAGAAGUAACUAUUAAGUUUGAUUUUCGGACCAUGUUUGGUUGGAUGUUAUUACCAUGUUGUCUUUUUACUGCCGUUAAUUGUGACACUGGGAAAUUGUCACUGAUUGAAAUGUUUGCCUAAUUUGUACUCUGGAGAUUUAGUGACAUGUUGGUUCUUGGAUUUGAGCAA